GGUAAUAAGGGUAUUAGGGGGAGACAUGGCAGACCUGGUUCCCCAGGUAAGCAUGGUCCACCCGGACCACGCGGGCCCCAAGGACCUAAAGGAAACAAAGGUGCACAAGGAGAUCAGGGACCAUCUGGGCCUAAAGGCGAAGAGGGCCCUCAUGGACCCAAGGGAGAUCCCGGUGAAUCCAUCUCAGCUCCUUCUAUUUUGUCACCUCCAGUGUCUACGGUGGUAAACGAAACUGGUAUAGCCUCGUUGCAGUGCGAGGUUAAAGGAAAUCCAACACCUCAGGUCACGUGGAUGAAACAAAAUUCCAGUCUUCCUUUCGACAAACGAAUUAUACAAUCACGUGGUGGACUGAUGAUUCGAGAUGUGACGUCACAAGACGGAGGUGUGUACACAUGUAAGGCGAGAAAUAUUCUUGGACUCAUGACUUCAUCGGCCACUUUAACUGUUCAA